CACUCGUUUGGCCGCCGAGAAACUGAGAAGCAGGAAACGUUCAAAACCUUUACAUUUUCUCGAGAAAAAUUAUAUUUUUUUAACGGGAGGAAAACGGAUGAGAAAAUUUUAAAGAUUUGUCCAGUAUCGAUUGUGAGAGAGAGGGAGAUCGGUACAUCCUCUUUAGCUGCGAAACCAUCACGAGCAGCGGAAAUCAUCUGUAUCGAUGGCGGGGAUAGCUUUGGUUUUAGAUCUAUUGAAGAAAUCUCAAAGCUUUAACUCCAAACACAGCCUCCACUCUUCGGCGUUCUCGUCCGCCGCCGCCGCCUCGGCCGCCGCUGUCUCUGUGGCCGCCAGUGCUCCUUUCGCCUCCAGAUUCCUCUUCGGUUCUUUCAAUGCUCCGGUUGCUUAUUGUGAUGCUGCGGCAGCAAUAGGCGAUGAUUAUCUCGCUAGUUUAAGAAGAUUAUCAGCAGAUGUGUUGCAGCAUGACUCGAUUAGGUACACUACCACUAAGGAGUACAAGGUGGAGCCAAAACCACUUUUCUCGGCCUUUGAGUUCAGGGCACUUGCAAUGACAACAUUGAGAUCAUUCUUGCUUUUCUAUUUGCCACUGUUGGAGCCUAAAACCGAAGCAGAGGAUGAUGAUGAUUUCCUAAGGGAUCCCCCAGAACAACGGUCUGUGGAUUUGGUUGUUCCAUUUAAAAAUUCGGUGAAGCAAAUUGCUCGUGAGACUACAGUUGUGACUAUUCGGAGACUCCUUGAAAGGCUGGCUUUGCAUUAUGUCUCACAGCGUAUGGCAUGGAAACUUCUAAAGGAUGUACCUAAGUCGACUCUACGCAAGGCUGAGAGAGGAUUGCUCACUCAUGUCUACAUCUUUAGAGUCAGUAGAACAACUCUAAGAGGACACUGCCUAGGUGUUGCUGCAGCAUGGAUAGUCCAAGUGGGUAUAGAAACAUACCGAUGUCUCUCCCCUUGUAUUAGACGUGUUAGACCCAACAAAGACGAGAAUCCAGAGGAGGAAGAGGACCAGGUCGAGGUUACAGAACAAGCUAAGGUUCUGGGGAAGAAAAUCGCGGGUAUAACAGUUAGAUGCGGUGCUUCACUAGUUUUCGCUGCUAUCGGAGCUGGCAUUUGUGCCUGCAUUAUCCGUCCCUCCACCGGGCAGUGGAUUGGCUGUGCAUUGGGCGACUUGGCUGGUCCGGUCAUUGUUACGAUGUUCUUUGAGACAACUCGUCGGUCUGAUCUCUAAACCCUUCUCGGAAAACACAUCUACACGAUGAUCCAAGAAUCUUGGAACUUGUUUCUUGAUAUUUAACAUUUGUCAUUUGAUGAACUCAGGACCCAUAAUGUAUCUGUUUUUUUAAGACACAAUAAGAUUCGAGUAACUUUCGAACUCAAAUUGUUUGUUAUAAAGAGGAACACAAACAGUUCCGGCUUCAAGCA